UUCAUUCUUCAAUUUUGCUAAAACAAAAAAGAAUAAAAAAAAUGGCAACCACUGAAGAAAAAAUAGUAGAACCUAACACAGCUGAUGAUGGAUUCACAUACGCAGACGAGGUUUUUGUUGAUGGUGAGAUGUUGGUACCCGAUGAUGACCCGGUUAUUUCCCCCCGGGUCGACCCGGUUAGUUUCACCACUUCCAAGCAGCUCAAGGAGGAAGCUGAAGAAGAAGAAAGCAAAAGGGAGAGUGGAAAAGGGGAUGCACUUCAUAACCUAAAAUCGACAAUUAUAAUUUCAGGAGUGGUGGUAGCAGUAAUUGGGGCUGUUUUGGCUAUUGCCAGGAAGAUUAAACAGGCUUAAUGUUUAUUUAUUUAUUAUCCUGCAUUUUUAAUUUAAUUAUUUACUAUUUGUAAUUUUACGUUUACUAGGUUUGACUAACGUUUGUAGCAUGUCUAUUACUACUAGUCAAUUAGUACUUGUUAAUUUGUUA